AUAAGAAUCAUGUCCAGGCAGUGUCUUAGACUUGGCUCUAGAAGCUUUCUUGCACCUUCACUUCGACUUACGACUCCUUUUGUUAAGAACUCUUGUAUCACAACUUCAAAUCAACUACGAACCUUUCAGUCGAGUAGCAGAAAAGACUUGCAGUACACUACAACUAAAAUGUCGGGAACACAACCAGCAAGUGGUGGCGAGCACCGAGACUUUUCUCGUGAUGCUUUGUUUGAUCUCUCGGGCAAGGUUGCUCUCGUAACAGGUGGUGGCUCUGGCAUCGGCCUCAUGGCCACCCAAGCCCUCGCCGUCAACGGCGCAAAGGUCUACAUCACCGGCCGCACAAAGGAGAAGCUCGAUACCGUUGUCGAGAAGUACGGCAAGAACAUCGCCGGCGAGAUCAUCCCCAUCCAAGCCGACGUCGGUAACAAGGAAGGCAUUCAGAAGCUCUACGAGGAGUACUCCUCCAGAGAGAACUGCCUCUGCAUUCUCGUCAACAACGCUGGUAUCUCCAGCAACUCUUUCCAGGUCGAGGCCGAUUCUGCGCAGGAGAUGAAGGAGAACCUCUUCGAUAACAAGGAUGCUACGUUUGAGGACUGGAACUCGACGUACAACACGAACGUCACGGGCUUGUACUUCACCACCGCUGCUUUCUUGCCUCUGUUGCAGAAGAGCAGUGAGAAGCACCAGGGCUGGAGUUCAACUGUCAUCAACAUCAGCUCUAUCAGCGGUCUUAUCCAGAAGUCUCAGCACCACUUUGCCUACAACGCCUCCAAGGGCGCAGCCGUGCAUCUCACGCGCAUGCUCGCCGCCGAGAUUGUCAGCAACAAGCUCAAGAUCCGCGUCAACGGUAUCGCUCCUGGUGUCUUCCCCUCUGAGAUGACCACCGAUGGAAGUGAUGAGGCUCAGAAGAGCUUUAUCCCCAAGGAGAAGUAUGCUGAGAAGGUUCCCGCUGGACGGGCUGGCAAGGAUCAGGAUAUGGCUGCUACGGUGCUGUUCUUUGCUACGAACCAGUAUUUGGUGGGACAGACUGUUGCUGUUGAUGGAGGUUACACUAUUGCCGCUGGUCAGUGAGUGUGAGGAAGGGACAAAAGGUUGUACUAUAGAAGGACAUGACAUAAUGAAUCAACCGUAAUGAUUGACAAAUGCAGCUUCAAUUAAUGAGGGUUGAUUGUAUCUCAAUGGUAAGCA